AUGUUUCGAAAUUCUUUUAAAACCUAUUUGAUGACAAGGGGUCACGAGUUUCAAAGAUGUAAACAUACAAGCAAAUUAGAUCAAAUAAGAGAAAAGUUAAGGGAAGGACCAGGCUUAGUAGAUUUUACAUCUGAAGACAGGCCAAAAAAUUGGGAAGAUUAUGAAGGGAAAUUAAAAAGAGAAAGAGGCCAGUCUGAAAGGUUGAGGCUACCACCCUGGUUGAAAACUACAAUACCAACAGGAUCGAAAUUCAGUGAGCUUAAAGCUCAAUUACGCAGUCUGAAUCUUAGCACAGUGUGUGAGGAGGCUAGAUGUCCAAAUAUAGGAGAAUGUUGGAGUGGCGGUAAAAAUGGAACUUCUACUGCCACUAUUAUGUUAAUGGGUGACACAUGCACUCGUGGUUGUAUGUUUUGUUCAGUCAAGACAUCCAGAGCACCACCACCACUUGAUCCCAAUGAACCUGCAAACACUGCACGAGCAAUAAACCAGUGGGGACUAGGAUAUAUAGUGCUCACUUCUGUUGAUAGAGAUGAUUUACCUGAUGGAGGAUCUGGACAUUUUGCUGAAACAGUGAAGGAAAUAAAAUUACAAAAUACUGAAAUCCUUGUUGAAUGUCUAGUACCAGACUUUAGAGGGAACAGGGACUGUAUUAAUACUAUUGCUAACAGUGGAUUGGAUGUAUUUGCACACAAUAUAGAAACUGUGGAAAGACUCACACCAUUUGUAAGAGAUAAGAGAGCAGGGUACAGGCAAACAUUGAAAGUACUCAACACAGCGAAGGAGAUUAAUCCAGAUUUAAUUACAAAAUCAUCUAUCAUGUUGGGUCUUGGUGAAACAGAUCAAGAACUUGAACAAACUAUGAAAGAUCUUAGAUCAUCGGGUGUGGAUUGUGUAACAUUGGGCCAAUAUAUGCAGCCAACCAAGCGCCAUCUCAAAGUACACGAAUAUGUGACACCAGCCAAAUUCAAAGAAUGGGAAGAGUUGGGCCAACAGUUGGGCUUCCUGUACACAGCUAGUGGCCCACUUGUGCGUUCCUCUUAUAGGGCUGGGGAGUUCUUCAUAUCUAGUUUGUUAAGAGACAGGAAAGCUAAUAGAGCUUGA